CACGACCAGAAUCAAAACAAGAGAAUGUCGACGACGAAGACCUCGCUGAAGGCGCUGCUGUGGGACAUGGACGGCGUCUUGGCCGAAGUGUCGCGCUCGUACCGGUCGGCGAUCAUAGACACAGCGGCGUCGUUCGGGGUGACCGUGACCCACGUCGACAUUGACACGGCCAAGCUCGCGGGCAAUGCCAACAACGACUGGGUGUUGACCCAUCGGCUGAUCUCGGCGUCGGCCGUGGAGGUGACGCUGGAACAAGUGACGGUUGCCUUUGAGGAGAUCUACCAAGGGACGGACUCGACACCUGGACUAUACCGCCUGGAAACCCUGCUUCCGUCCAAAGGGCUUCUGGAGGAGCUGAACCGCCGCCUCCCCAACGGCAUGGCGGUGGUCACAGGUCGACCGAAGAAGGAUUGCGUCAAGUUCCUCAAGGAUUUCAACCUCGAAGCUCUGUUUCCCGUCACGAUCUGCAUGGAGGACGGCCCGCCCAAGCCGUCCCCGGUCCCGAUCAUCCUCGCGCUGAACGCAUUGGGCGUCACCGCCGACGAAGCGGCCAUGAUAGGCGACACCGUCGACGACAUCGUGGCGGCGGUGCGCGCGAACGUGACGGCGUACGGCGUGCUGACGCCCCAAGUCCACGCCAUGUCCAUCUUGGAGAACACAUCGCCCGCCCUGACGCCGAUUCUCCUGGCGUCCGGGGCCGUCCAGGUGCUGCGCCCCGGCUGCGAUGAGCUCCUGGACGUGAUCACGGCCCCAUCGGUCGCCGGACCCGCCAAGGAAGACGACACGUCACACUAUUUCACGGGCGCCAACGCCCGCGUGAGUUGUGUCACUCGAAAGACCAAAGAGACGUCGAUUCAGGUGCAGCUCAACUUGGACGGGUCUGGCUUGUGCGAGGUGAGCACUGGCAUUGGCUUCCUAGACCACAUGCUGGACGCUGUAGCCAAACAUGCGCGGUUCAAUCUCGUGCUCGUGUGCAAGGGCGACACGUGGAUCGACGACCACCACACAGUGGAAGACUGCGGACUCGCAUUGGGCGAGGCCUUUGACCAGGCGCUGGGUAAACGCGAGGGCAUCGCCCGCUUCGGGUCGGCGCUCGUGCCGCUGGACGAAGCGUUGGCGCAGGUGGUGGUGGACAUCUCGAGCCGCGCGUCCAGUUGGAUCGAGCUCAAGCUCGUCCGUCCGAGCAUCGGCACCCUCUCCACCGAGAUGAUCUCGCACUUCUUCGUGUCGUUUGCGAGCGCCGCCCGCCUCACGCUGCACGUGGACGUGCUCAAAGGAUCGAACGACCACCACAAGAGCGAGGCAGCGUUCAAGGCGUUCGCGAGGGCGAUGCGCCUAGCGGUCAGCGUGGACGCGACCGCCGGCGUCCCAUCCACCAAGGGACUCCUCGUGUAGUUGUACAAUUACUCGUAAUACUAAUAAUAAUGCCAACGGUGUGGUUGCUUUGAAGCUGG